UACGUGGGGACGCUGGAGGUUUCACUUACAAAGAAAGUGAAGGAAGAUCGCAAAGAAACGCGGCGACGCCGGCUGUAAAGAAGGUGGACCCUCCUCGCAGAUUCGAGAUGCUACUCCGUCGGGACGCAAUGGAGGCGGUCAGCGAAAGCUCAGCUCCAGCUCAUUCUCACCAUGGCACUGGUGCAGACCCUGCCUGUACCCACUGAUCACCAGAACACAGGGUUAGAAGUUCAGCACCCAGCCAUCCCGAGGUCUCCUCCCAGCCUGAGUGCAAUGGGCUCGGUGAGCAGCCUCAUCUCUGGCCGCACAUACCAGGAGCGCCAGUGUCGGGCCUCUGAAGUCACUGCCAAGUGUCGUAAGCCCACUGUGGGGUCUGGUCCCUUCAGACAGCAGGAUGGGCAGCUCAGGAAUAGCAGCUCCCAGGAGGCCUUGGUGAACAGCUUGCCAAACCGCAAGUCCUCCUCGGUCACUGGAGCCAACAGUAAUUAUGCCUACCUAAAUGAAGAAUUUGUUGGGGACUGGAAUGACAAUAAUGUGACACCCAACAGCCCAUGCAGUGAACCUGAGGAGCUACGUGAAGACAGGACCAUCAAUGGGAAUAUUGGCGGACCCCCUCCAAAGCUUGUCCCAGUUUCAGGGAAACUAGAAAAAAACAUUGAGAAGACGUUGAUAAGGCCUACAGCCUUCAAACCUGUGGUACCAAAGAAUCGAAAUUCCGUCCAGUUCUUAUCUCCGCGGCCAGGGUGCAGCGGAGGAGGCAGUGCUGGUAGCCUGUCAGAGAGCCAAGGGAGCCUGAAUCUCCUCCUCCCUGUAGGAGGAUCUGUGGUAUGUGGUGACAAACGCAACUCAUACAGUGGGGUCCGCAAUGGGAGCAGCCACUCGGGAACCAUGUCUGACUCUGGCAGGAACUCUUUAUCAAGCUUGCCUACUUACAGCACUGGCUGCAGCCUGUCCCAAGCAGAUGGCACGAGUGCUCAUCUGGAUCCCUCACGGGGCGCCUCUGUUCAUGGUCACUCCAAUUCUGAUAGCGGGCGUUCCUCGUCAAGCAAGAGUACUGGCUCACUUAAUGGACGUGGACAACCUCUGUCAGACAAUGGGUCUUGUGGACGGUCACCUGCCCCAGCAGAGGUAGAGGAAGGAAUGAUACGUGAGCUGGAGGAGAAGCUGAGGGAGAGAGAACUUGAGCUGCAGCAGCUGCGGGACAACCUCGAUGAAAAUGAAGCAGCUAUCUGUCAGGUCUAUGAAGAGAAGCAGAAACGCUGCGAGAUGGAGCUGGAAGACCUGCGCCAGAGCUGCUCUUCUAAACUGAAGCAGGCCUCCCAGAAAGCUCAGCGCGCCCAGCAAGUCUUGCAACUGCAAGUCUUCCAACUCCAGCAGGAGAAGAAGAAAUUGCAGGAGGAUUUCUCUCAGCUGCUUCAGGAAAGAGAGCUGCUGGAGAAGAAGUGCGCCUCAAUUGAGAGGGAGCAGACGGAGCUGGGACCCCGACUGGAAGAGACCAAGUGGGAGGUUUGCCAGAAGUCCGGGGAGAUCUCCCUCCUGAAGCAGCAGUUGAAAGACCUGCAGGCAGAUGUGAGUCAGAAGGCUGGAGACAUUGUCUCCCUCAAAGCACAGCUCCGAGAAGCCCGCUCUGAACUCCAAGCCAGUCAGCUGCACAUCCAGGACCUUCACGCAGCCAACCGCACCCGCACUCUGGAGCUGGAGGUGUGUGAAAAUGAGCUUCAGCGUCGCAAGAGUGAAGCUGAACUACUGCGGGAGAAAGUUGGCCGACUAGAGGAGGAGGCCACACGCCUGAGAGAGCUGUUGAAUGCACCCACUGGCCCAAAUCUGACCAUGGGGGCCACCCCAAGUGGACAUUGCCCAGGGCAGCCAUUAGUCACCACACGAAACCUUUGCUUGCCUGCUCCUGUAGGUUCCGGCUACAGAGAAGACGAUCCAUUCUUGGCUUACGAGAGUGAUGAGGCCAAGGCCCAAAGGCAGAACGCAGACACUUUGCAGAGUAUGAAACAUCAGGUGGAGAGACUGAGAGCAGAGCUGAUGUAUGAGAGGCGGAGGAGCGAAGACCAAUCGGAGAACUUCGAGGAAGAGCGCAGGGUGUGGCAUGAAGAGAAGGAGAAGGUGAUCCGUUACCAGAAGCAGCUCCAGCAGAACUACAUCCAGAUGUAUCGUAGGAACCGAGAGCUGGAGAGAGCCAUGAGAGAGCUGAGCUUAGAGCUGGAGAGUCGAGAGCUGGAGGACUUUGAGGUGCACGGCUCCGAGAUCCACUUUGAGGAGAUCACUGCCACCGAAAUCUAAAAUCGUUUUGCCAUUUUUCUUGGAUUGUGUGUUUUUGACAAGUUCUUUUUACCCUCAGCUUUAUGUGUGGCACUCUUUCUAAAUUACUGUACUGGACAAACACCCAGACUUAUUUUUCAAGUGGCACUCCGGAAGAGAAAAAUCCAGUGGGUCAUUUGGGGGUAAUUCACCUCCGUUGAUUUGGAGCAAGCAGAAUAUUUUAGGAACAAAUCUGAAAUUUUGUGCAUCAGUAGGGUGUUUUUUUUUUUUAGCAAUUCAAGCAGUGCGACAUAACGCCAGUCCCUCCCAGCCUGACAUGUCUGAGCACUAUGGGAUGUCUUGGUUUUCUGGCACCUGCCUACGUAAAGAGCUGCUCAGAUCUUCAGAGUGGCUGAUACCCUCCAUUACCAGAAGGAUUAUGUGAGCCAGGUUUAGAAUUUCAGAGGUAUAUUUUUCUAGAACUUGCUGCCAUUGCCAAAUAUUUUUUUCCAUCUGUGCUCUCCCAGGUUUUUUCUUGUGCUUCCUUAUAUUUAUGUUUAUUUUUUUCCACAUUGCACUCAUGAAUAUCCAGUUCUCCAGUGUGCCCAGGCUCGGGAGGCACAACCGACACCCUCUGUAAAGACGGAGUGGUUCAUGUGUGCUGUGCCACCUUGGCUGCCAUAUGACCGCCUCUGCCAGUUUCAUCUGACGAUCCUAUUGGAGAAGAAUGCAUCAGACUUGAGAGGCUGUAUGCUGCCUGGUUUGACAUACGUCAGGCACUGGAUGGGCUGUUGGGAAGUGUUGCUGUGAUAAGGGACUCUGCCCUACCACGUACAAAAGAAAGAAAAAAUUAUUAUUCAAAGCCAACAUACGCUGUACAGUGUACAUAACACGGCUUACUAAUAAAUACAGAAAGGCUGUGCGAUUGUGUGCCCCCAUCUUUACGUUAACCACAGCCCAUGACUUUAGCGUGAAUUCUGGCAUAAAGCAGCCUGAGGUUGAAGGGUGUAGUGCAGCAGUAGGCCAUAUUUUGCAGCUUUUUCUCAGCAUUUUGUGAAUUAAGAGUUGUGUGUGUUUAGUUUUUCUCGCUCUGAGCCAAAAAACCUCUUUAACAGAACAAUCUACGAAGCGCUUGAAUGUGGCCUGCCUUUGAAGCCGCCUUCCAGGUUGGCAGAUCUAAUCAGGUACCUGAAAGUGGAUCUUAAGUCACAAAAAACAACCCCUUAGCUGUAAAGUACCCGCUGUUAUACCCCUCCUGAGGGGCUGCCAGAUUUCUUUCUGUUUUUGUUUUUUAUUUUUCAUUUUUGGUUUUGCACUUACACCCUUAAUGAAGCCUUACACCAAUCUGCUAAGGAGCCAUUGCUGGAAGGGGAACUUGUGAACUGGCAGUGCGUCUCCGCUGCCAAGCAAGCCACUUUGUGUCACAUGAUGACAAGUGUGAGAUGUGCUGUCGGUCAUUGACGACAUUCCCCAUCACCACUGCCUGAACAAGAGGACCCCUUAACCUUUCUAAAAAUGAAUAGAUUGUUAAAUAAUGGAUAGAUAGGUACCUGUCGUAUGUAAAUCAAUCAAUAUAUAAAUUCAGUGUAUUCCUGUAGAGAGUGUAAGGGUAAAUAGUUCAGCAGGAGGACGACUGGUCACUGCAGCAACAGGUUUUCCUUUAAGAUGAGUGACUGUCUGUGUGCUGAGAGAAGACGGUGCCCAAGUGACGGUUAAAUAAAGCAAUGAAGUUAUAAGUAAGUUAGCAAGUAAAUAAAUACAUAGGUGUGUGGGUAGACGGACUGAUGCCCUGUCCAGGACUGGGAGCGGCCUUGUGUCCAACACCCACCUGACAGUAUGGCUGGACUCAGUGAACAGACGGAUAGGUGAAUAUAAACAAGUGAUUGGAUGAAUAAACAAUGAGCAAAAUACACACCGUUUAAUACACAAAGAAAUAAACAACUAUCAAUAUUUGCAGCACUAAAUACAGAGUGACAUGGCUAAAGCGUUUCUCAACGGUGACUACUGAGAUCUGGGCUGAGCACCACCCAGAGAGGGGGCUGAACCAGCAGCGUUGUGCUUUGUGGUCUGCUGCUCCCCAAACUACACCACAGUAGGAGAAGACCCCAGUGGACACACGAGGGGCAUUCUGUACGCUUACUUCAAGGUGGGACAAACAAACGUACAGCAGUGUGUUGGCUUGGAGCUUAUGGCAGAGGUCCUCACCAUUCAGGGCCCCCCUGUAGCUGCAGGUCUUUAUUCCACCCAGUCAAGUGCGGUGAGGUUCAUGGCUGGUGAGGCACAGACUCCUUUAUUAACUAUUUGAUUGGCAGCCUGCACAUUGGUUAUGGUUAUGUUUCAUAUCUCAUCAGCAUUCUUUACACACAGAUAUGUAAGGCGCAUAUUUAGCUAAGAAAGAACAUUACUUGUAUAGCGGCAAGAGAGAGCGCAUUUACUUCUCACCCUCCAUGUGUUCUGAAAUUGCCGUUACAAUUCCACAAUUCAAACAAAAGUAUAGAGUGGUGUACAA